CUAAUAUACAACUAAAUAGUUAUAAAUAAAAUGUCACAAAAACCGGAAAAUAAUGUUCCGGCUGAGGAAAGUGAUUUACUGCUCAUCAAACCUCUAGGUGCCGGUCAAGAAGUUGGACGAUCGUGUAUUAUGUUAGAAUUUAAGGGGAAAAAGAUUAUGCUUGAUUGCGGAAUACAUCCUGGUUUGUCGGGUAUGGAUGCCUUGCCCUAUGUAGAUCUAAUUGAAGCUGAUGAAGUUGAUUUGCUCUUUAUAUCGCACUUUCAUUUGGAUCACUGUGGUGCGUUGCCGUGGUUCCUUAUGAAAACUAGUUUUCGGGGUCGAUGUUUCAUGACCCAUGCGACCAAAGCGAUAUACAGAUGGAUGUUGUCCGAUUAUAUUAAAAUAAGUAAUAUAUCUACAGAGCAGAUGUUAUAUACAGAAGCCGAUUUGGAAGCAUCUAUGGAAAAGAUAGAGACAAUUAAUUUUCACGAAGAACGCGACGUAAUGGGCGUACGAUUCUGUGCCUAUAAUGCUGGCCACGUACUCGGAGCGGCUAUGUUUAUGAUAGAAAUAGCGGGAGUGAAAAUUUUGUAUACAGGCGAUUUUUCCCGACAAGAAGAUCGCCAUUUAAUGGCAGCAGAAAUACCUACAAUGAAGCCAGAUGUUUUAAUUACAGAAGCCACUUACGGAACACAUAUUCAUGAAAAACGUGAAGAUCGUGAAAACCGCUUUACAUCGUUGGUGCAAAAAAUCGUAACUCAAGGUGGACGAUGUUUGAUUCCUGUGUUCGCUUUGGGAAGAGCCCAAGAGCUAUUGCUAAUUUUAGAUGAAUAUUGGUCACAAAAUCCCGAUUUGCACGAUAUACCCAUUUAUUACGCUUCAUCAUUGGCGAAGAAGUGCAUGGCUGUUUACCAAACUUAUAUCAAUGCUAUGAAUGAUAAGAUUAGGCGGCAGAUAGCAGUCAAUAAUCCUUUCGUUUUUCGCCACAUCUCAAAUUUAAAAGGUAUAGAUCAUUUUGAUGACAUUGGUCCCUGUGUGGUUAUGGCUUCGCCCGGUAUGAUGCAAAGCGGUCUUUCCAGAGAACUCUUCGAAAACUGGUGUACUGAUCCUAAAAAUGGAGUAAUUAUCGCGGGCUAUUGCGUAGAGGGCACUUUAGCCAAGACCAUACUCUCCGAACCCGAAGAGAUAACUACACUAUCCGGGCAAAAGUUGCCCUUAAAUAUGUCUGUUGAUUAUAUAUCAUUUUCGGCGCACACUGACUAUCAGCAAACCAGCGAAUUUAUACGACUUUUAAAACCGCAGCAUGUGAUUCUAGUGCAUGGUGAACAGAAUGAAAUGUCACGCUUGAAAAUGGCUUUACAACGGGAAUAUGAGGCGGAUCCUAAUACUGAUAUCAAAUUCUAUAAUCCUCGGAACACGCAUUCUGUGGAAUUGUAUUUCCGGGGAGAAAAAACUGCAAAAGUGAUGGGUUCCCUAGCCGCUACAAAGCCUGAAAUUGGUAAUAAACUAUCAGGAGUAUUGGUUAAAAGAGACUUUAAAUAUCAUUUAUUAGCGGCAUCGGAUUUGUCAAAAUAUACCGACAUGAGUAUGUCAGUGGUUACGCAAAGACAAUCGAUACCUUGGAAUAGUUCGAUAGUAACGUUAAAAUUGCUGUUAGAUCGUAUUGGUGGCGCUGGCACAGUUGAAAUAUUGGAGGAAAAUAAAAAGUUGAGAGCAUUCUCUUGCAUAGAUCUAAUUGUUGAGGGCAAAAUAAUUGUUAUGGAGUGGCAGGCAACGCCAGUGAAUGACAUGUACGCCGAUACGGUACUCUCAUGUAUAAUGCAAACCGAAUUGGGCGGAACAAAUAUAAAAGGCACCAACACACAAUCGAAGUCAGAUCGUACUCACUUUAAAGAAUGUCUUCUAGAAACGCUUCAAGACACAUUCGGUGAGAGUUCAGUUCCCAAAAUGUUUAAAGGCAACGUUUUGCCGGUAACCGUUGCCGGAAAACGAGUUGAAGUCAAUUUGGAAACUUUGGCGGUUACAACAAACGAUGACGAGCUUUUGCGGCAAAUAGUUAAUACAGCUGUUCAAAAAUUAUAUCAAGCUUUAGUGCCGUCUGUUUAAUAUUUUCUAAUAAACAUUUACACACGUUUUAAUAAAUGAAACACAUAUGUUAUUUCGAAUUUACGGUAGGCAGAGAUUUUAGCGUUGGGUGCUUU